AUGUCUGAUUUGAUCGAAUUGCAAAGGGCGUACUUUCUGAAUCUGAUCAACGAGAUUCAAACCGAGCACAACGUCAAAUUUCUGGUUAUUGAUGAGCAAGUAGAGACUCUACUUUCCUAUAUUUUUGAAUCUCCUCAGCAGUUGCUUCGUCAUGUCACAGCAGUGGACAGGAUUGACUCGCCGAACAGAAAGGGACAACCUUCGGUGGAAGUAAUUUAUCUUCUGAAACCGACGAAGUUCAACAUCAACUGCAUUGACGUAGAUUUCUGCAACAGACCUCCGAAAUAUAAGAAAUGCCACAUUAGGUUUCUACCGGAAAGUGAACCGCACAUUAUGCGGUUCUUUGGAUCUAAGAAAUAUAUUCCGCAAUAUAUGGCCACAAUUAAUGAAGCUAAGCUCUCUUUCAUUCCGAAACAAUCACAGGUCUUCCUGACUUCCGAUAUUGACAAGCCUUUACAGAUAUUUUUCAAUAAGCAAUGCUCUAAUUUAAUCGAUAAAAACUUGCAGAAAAUGCUGCAAUCGCUUUUAAAUUUAUGCAUUAUCACUGGAGAGUAUCCCAUCAUCAGGUAUUCAAAACCGUCGCAGGAUCAAUUUAGUUUGGCACCGGGUACAGCUCUUGCUAAAAGACUGGCGUACGAUUUUCAGAGCCUUCUUGACGGUUAUGCUAGAGAGAACAAUGAUUUUCCUCCUCCUUCGUCGAGGCCGAGAUCCAUUCUUGUGAUUACCGAUAGAGCGCUGGAUCCUUUUAGCCCUUUGUUGCAUGAUUUUAGCUACCAAGCGAUGGCUUAUGAUGCCGUACCUGAGCUUGACAUUGGCAACGACACUUAUUAUUAUAAGGCAGAAAACGAAAAGUGCGAGAUCGAGGAGAAAACAGCAAAACUUUUGGAUAUUUUGGAUCCUGAUUUGUUAGAGUUAAAAAACCAACAUAUCGUGGACGCUAGCGAAUAUCUUUCGGGUAAAAUUAAAGAAAUGAUUGCCAAGAAUCCCUUGUUGGUGGACAGAUCGAAUGUCAAAACGACAACGGAUCUCCUUAGUGUUGUAGCUCACCUGAAAGACUUCGAUGAAGAGAGGAGACGGCUAAUUUUACAUAGAUGCUUGAUUGACAGAUGUUUGGAAAUUAAUCAAGAGAGAAAGCUUGCCCAUGCAGCUGAUUUGGAACAAUGUUUGGCUGGAUUUGGGCUCGAUAGUGACGGAGAAAGAUUCAAACAUAUUACUGACGCCUUCCUGCAGAUAUUAGCCAAUAAAAGCUCAACUGUGACUGACAAGAUACGUUAUAUCAUAAUCUAUGCUCUUUAUCGCGGUGGGAUAAUUGAGCAAGACUUCAUGAAGCUUCUUUCUUUCAUUGGAAUUGAACCUGAACAUGAAUUCUUCGGUCAUUUCAUGCGUUUGUUCAAGAAUUUCGAACAAAUAGGAUUUAAGCUAAUCAAGGAGGAGCCACGUUCCAAGGCAUUUAAGAGACAAUGGUUUCACGAUACAGUUACUAAGGAUCCUUCGGUUUACAACAGUUCAAGGUUUAUUCCAGCGGCUGGUAAUAUUUUAUCGAGGUUAAUAACAAAUCCUCUCCUUGUCGAUGAAGAGUCGUUCCCUUAUGUGAAAGACAAACCUAUUGAAUUAAUUAACGAAGAUGCCCAAGAAUCAUCAAAUUCGCUCGCUGGUACGAACGGUUCGAGUUCUUUGAGGAAUCCUCGUCACAGGGCUGUGUGGACGAAAAACAGCUCCAGCCUUAAACGUGCGCCUCGACAAAGAUUCAUGUACUAUAUCAUUGGCGGUUUAACGUACCCAGAAAUCAAAGCUGCUUGCGACCAAUCGGACCUUAAGAACAAGGAUGUCUUUAUUGGAAGUGAGGGAAUAAUCACUCCGCUUUCAUUUAUGAAAAGUGUGGAGCAUUUAACGACGAAUCGAAACAUGCUGAAUCUCAAAGAUGAUCAGCCGCAGAAGGAAGCCGUCCCAGCAUAUUUAUAUGAAUCAGUCGCGCCUGCAGCCAAACCCGUCUCACACAUGCAUGUACGCAGUCACAAUGAGCCGCCUAAAUCAGCGCCUGUUCAGAUCAACAAGCCGCCAGUCGAGAAGGAGAAGAAGAAAGGCAAAUUGAGUCGAUUCUUGAAAUCUAGAGACAAAACCUAA